UGAGAGUGCAUCCACCGGGUUACGUGUGUGUGUGUGUGUGUUGUGGUCAGUGGAAGACCCCGGGGCCUGGAUUCUGAUUCCUGCCUGAGCUGUAUUUGAAGACGGAAGACUGAGUCAGUGGCUUUGCUGGUGUGAACAGAGGUUGUGGCUAGCAGGAGUCCGCUUUUCCUGUCCAUUCAAGGGCAUUGCUGGGGGCCUUAAGAUCAGCUUUGCACUGAGGCCUGUCAGCAAAGCAGGGCGGCCUCAUGGACCCUCUACGACGUGUAAUGCUUCACCACAGGGGAUGUGCAAGCUGACAAGUCCCAGGUCUGAGCCCACGCAGCCAUGGGGGACUGGAACCUGCUGGCAAAACUUCUAGAAAAAGCCCAGGAGCACUCCACUGUGGUGGGGAAGGUGUGGCUCACCGUCCUGUUCAUCUUCCGCAUCCUUAUCCUGAGUGCUGCGACAGAGAAGGUAUGGGGCGACGAGCAGUCGGGCUUCACCUGCGACACCAAACAGCCCGGUUGCGAGAACGUAUGCUAUGACGUCACUUUCCCCAUCUCCCACGUCCGCUUUUGGGUGCUGCAGAUCAUCUUCGUGUCCACGCCUACGUUGAUCUACCUGGGGCACAUCCUCCAUCUGGUGCGGAUGGAGGACAAGCAGAAAGAGAAGGAGAAAGAGAGGGAGACGGAGCAUGCACAUCAUUCAGACAGGCAGGCCCUCGUCGUGGAUGCUCACCACAAAAAGGCUCUAGUGACUGACGAGAAGGGCAGGGUGCGCCUGCAGGGGGAGCUCUUGCGCACAUAUGUGUUCAAUGUGGUCUUUAAAACCCUGUUUGAGGUGGGCUUCAUUGUGGCUCAGUAUUUCUUGUACGGCUUUGAGCUGAAGCCCAUGUACAAAUGUGACAGACCGCCCUGCCCCAAUGUGGUAAACUGCUACAUAUCCCGUCCCACAGAGAAAACCAUAUUCAUCAUCUUCAUGCUGGGAGUGGCCAGCGUGUCUCUGUUCCUCAACCUCAUAGAGAUCUACCACCUGGGCUUCACCAAGUGCCGCCAGGGCAUCACCUUCAGGAGAGGUAAUCAGUCCCCUAAGAGUAUCUCCAAGGAGCCCAGCACAGCCGCUGUGCCCUUUGUGCCCAGUUACGAUGACUACUUCCACGGGCACCACCAGGUCCAGCCUGCCUACCCUCCCGUACCCAGCUACGAACUCUCCCCUCUGUCUGAGGGGACAGACUCGUCCUUCCACCCCUACCACAGCAAGGCGGCUUACAAACAGAAUAAGGACAACUUGGCGGUGGAAAGGAGCAGCAGCAAGCCAGAGGAAUGUGACCUGAAAGGAAAGAAGGGGGCAGGAUCAGCUCCUGGGUCACCUACGCAGGCCAGGCCUGGCCGCAGUGCCAAACACAGCAACAACAAGACUAGAAUAGACGAUCUGAAGAUAUGAGGAGGUUUAUGUUGCUCUGAGGGGCUCUUAAAUUGCUAUGAGGGGAUCAUAUGUUGUUUGGAUGCAUUCAUACAUGUUGAACUGACUCCCCUCCUUAAGAUGGCGUAGGUUUGACUCAUUCCAGCUUUGAGGGGAGUGAUAUUUAUAGGGCACAUGAAGAAGCUGCAGCUGUACUGUGAUGUGUAAAGACUGUGGCUCUACAAGAACAUUUCUAAUGAAGUUAGACCUAAUUUUUCUGUCCCAUAAUCCCGUACUUUGUAUUUUUUCCUUUUGAGAAACCUGAUUGGAUUUCACAUUAGAUACCAGCAUAAAGGGUUUACGGUACACAAUUUGUGGCAACACCAGAUUCUCAGUAAAUGUUGAUAUGUAUUAAAUGUGUUGGUGUUUUGUGGAUUGAGUUGAUUUGUGUACAGUAUGCAUCUUUCCACUAUUCACUAUUAUCACUGAGACUCUAACAAAAUUAACAAAAAAUCAACCUGCUCAGGUUUUACAUUGAGCUCACCUUUUUUUUUAUUUUUAAUGUGUGAUGAAUGUGAAUGAACCCCGCCCAACCCUUGGGAACAGAAUCCAGGGCAGAAACUUGUUUAGCGCUGACCUGACCUCAUUUAAGGAAAUCAGAUGGGGCAAAUAGUUAAAUUUAACUUCCUUAGCUGUUUUGAGGUCACCAUCUAGCAUAGCCGACUUGCUUAGACUUGAAGUGAAAAGUUGUGCAAUACCUAACAAUACUUUGGACACUGGAGUCGCUGUGACUAAUUCCAGGACGCGCCUCAAAAGAAAUUGCACUGGUCUAAGGAGUUCCCACAUUCGUACUGACUCUUUUUAUUGCGACAGCCAGCAAGCACAUAAUUAUAAGCACAUUGUUUUGUUUGUCCUUGUUUAUAUCUGCGUUUGUGUCGUUAGUUUUCUGCAAAGCACUUGGGGACAAUCAUAUUUGUAAAACUGCCUGAAAUAAACCUGUCUUAAAUUUGCCAAGUUAGCAAAGUAUUUGUAAACUCCAGUCUUUAACAGGAGUCAGGGGAACCAUUUCACUGGAACGCGCCACAACAGUUACUUUGUGUUCCUGAUAUAAAUGAAUCAAGAUCAACUCAUAAGUAGAAAUGACAAUACUAGUAGUACAGAAUUUAAUAUUUAUGCACAGUAGCGCUAACAUAUCGUGAAGCUCUGCAGCCACAUUUUCAGAAUAAAAAUUCAAAUUUACAUAACACUGAGGCUCUGAAAUUGAAAUCUGGCGAGUUUAGUUUGAGUCAUCAGACCUGUUAAAAACUGACACGCUUGAGAGGGAAUAAACAUGUCAUGUGUUGAAUCUUUACUGUCUGAUUAUCCGACAAAUGCACGUCAUACUCCUCUGUGCCAGGAAAGCACAGCAAACAGGCACCCCUGGGAUGGAAACCUUUAAAUUAAUGAGACAGCAUGUUGACGACAAGGAAGCUAUCUCAUACCUUUGGACUGGUAUGUUUGUGAUUUCCUUACAAUGUUAUAGAAGAACAUAUUUGAUUUUUUUCUUUUUUUUUUACCUAAAUGUAUUUCUAAAAAAGUUCGGUUUGUUUCAGCUAUAGUUUGUUGAUGUGUUGAGAUAUGAUUGAGUAUAAUCUGGACAUACUAUGUUUAAUUUUAGUGUGUUGUAGUGCCAAAAUAUGUCAGUGGAGAAAAUAAAUAAUAGCUUAUACAGAGAAAACAGCUAGGAGUGUUAUUUUUUACGUAUGUCUGAAAAAAACCUGUCACAUUUUAACAAAUGGAAAUAAAA